UAAAAGAAUAAAAAAGAUAAUUAACAUGUAAUGAAGAGUUAGCCAUUCAAAAUUCCAUGGAUUAUGCUUUUUUAGCAUAUAAUAUACGCCGACCCAGAGGAUAAAUAAAUCAAAAGUGUUCUUUACGUAGUAGACUUAUCGCUUAACUAAACUUAGUGUUGUACCGUUAACCGUGAAAUGAAAAAACACAGAAACACUGACAUUUUGAUUGGACCAGCUGAAAAAAGGAGCAAGAUGACUCAAAUUCAGGCUGUGUAUCGUCCGUGUCUGUUCCUCGAUAUCAAAGUGUUACGUGGUCGGAAUGUUACCUUGGGCACUUACACUGACUGGGUUGAUACACCGGAUCCAUACGUAAAACUGUACAUUAAAACAGCAUCAAAUGGCAGGAAGAGAACCAAAGUGAAAAACAACACAGCUAACCCUGUGUGGGAAGAAACAUUUCAGUUUUACCUUGAUCCAAAUGUGAAAAACAUUUUGGAAAUAACUCUAAUGGAGUCAGACACAGUUGGUGACGAUUUGGUGGAUACAAAGUCAUUCGACUUAAGUGCAUUGAAAAUUGAUGAAACUUACAAGAAAACCUUUGUCUUUAAAGAGACCUCAGAAGUUGAUGUGGAGAUGAAAGUCAAAACAUGCUCUGCGCCUACAGACAUGAGGUACAGCCUGGACCUUUGUGACGAGGAAACUGAUUUUCGUCAGAAGAGGAAAAGGGUUGUUUUUGAGACCAUGAAAAAACUGCUCGGAGAACGAGGACCAAAAGAACUUGGCGAGGUGCCCUCGAUUGCUAUUCUUGGUUCAGGAGGAGGAUUUCGUGCCAUGGUUUCUCUCAGUGGUGUAUUCUGUGCUCUAAAGGAGAUGGGUGUGUUAGACUGUGCCAUGUACACAGCAGGACUGUCAGGGGCAGCAUGGUAUCUUUCGACGUUAUAUUCUCAUCCUGACUGGCCGAAUACCCAUCCGAGCAAAAUCAGGCAAGAUUUGAGAAAAAAUUUGACAGACAACUGGAUGUGGUUGCUAUUGACUCCAUCAUGGAUGUACAGUCACAUGAAUAUCAUUCUGGAUAAAAGAUCACGUGGACAACCAGUCAGUUUCACAGAUUUCUUUGGUUAUCUGGUUGGAGAAACUAUUCUGAAGGACCGGCAACAUGUUCCAAAAUUGAGCGAACAGCGCCAUGCAGUGAAAGACGCCGCGGCCCCAAUGCCACUGUACACUUGUCUGCAUGUAAAGAAGAACAAAGUUGCACAAGAUUUUUGCGAGUGGCUCGAAUUCAGCCCAUAUGAAGUAGGGAUGACAAAAUAUGGCACUUUCAUGAAGACUGAGCAUUUUGGAAGCAAGUUCUUUUGUGGGAAAUUGGUAACACCUUACCCUGAGCCUCCACUGUUUUACUUGCAAGGAGUUUGGGGCAGCGCUUUCACCAUCAUGCUUCAGCGAAUACUACACGAAGGCCAGUCACCAACCGACACAAUAAAAAACAUGAGCAACUCUGGCGACUUGAGACACGAGUUACAUAUGGAUAUCUCAAACGACCCUGUGAGUGAGGACGAGGAAAGCGAUGAGGAAAUGGACAUUGAUGCAGUUGAUGAAAAGGAAAUGGGAGAUGAAUACAGCCAUAAUGAAAACCACAGCUUCCUGAUGAGUAUAGCAGAGAGCUUCGUGGAGAAAAUUUAUUUCCUGAAAACCCGGUCUGGUCGAGCAGGCCUGGUGCACAACUUUCUACGCGGCCUUCAAAUGAUGUCUGCCCCAGUCCCCUCGGCUGAAGCAGAACAGGUCACUGACACCGCUUACCAAUUAGCAGCGAAGGCUAAACGUAUAUACUUGGUUGACAGUGGGCUCUUGUUCAAUUCACCAUACCCGCCGCUACUCAGACCGGAGCGAGAUGUUGACAUUUUCCUGUCAUUUGACUUCAGUGCUCGAGAGAAGGACAACGAAAUUUCUUUUCAUGAACUGUAUUUGGCAGAGCAAUGGGCAAGAGCAAACAAUUUGAAGUUCCCACCAAUCAACGCCAAGGAACAGUUGGAAACGGACGGAAUCAAAGAGUAUUACGUGUUCACAGAUCCCGCGGAUCCUACCUGUCCAGUUGUGGUGCAUUUUCCUCUCGUCAACAAAACCUUCAAAGAACAAAGCGAACCAGGAGUCCCCCGUACGACUGCUGAAGAAAGAGAGUUUGCAAACUUCUCCGUGUUUGAAGAUCCUGACGCCUAUUAUAGCACGUUCAACUUUCAUUAUCCCACAAAGCCAUUCGAUCGUCUUUCAGCAUUAACAGAAUUCAACACUCUGUUGGGUGAGCAGGCCAUUAAGGGUGUCAUAGCUGACUGUGUGAAGAAGAGACGCGAAGCAAAACCGAGGAAUGGUAAUGGAGUGAACGGGAACUCCACGAAGAAUGGAAGCCAUUACUAACUGCGUUUUUCUUUACUAAGAUAUAUAAAUCAAAUAUCGAUGAAAAUUGCUAGUGUAGUGUAGGGAUUAUUUAAUCAAUCGUGUUUAACUAAGAAGCGUCAGUUACGUAACUUCACUGUGGGAAUAGAACUGGAAUGCGCAGGGGGCAAACUAGACUUGGGCUACUCGCUCGACAUGCUAUGUUUUCGGGGUUAAACUGUCAGUUAAUUGUGCUUGUAAUAGUAAAAAAUAAAACCUCAAUCGUAUUGUGUGA